CAUUAACUUGUCACUCUCGGAUGCCCAACAUCAUCAAACCAUAACUUAUAAUAUAGCGCCGGCGUGUUCGUUCGAACUGAAAGAAAACUGUAACACGUGUUUAAAAUAAAAGGAAAAUUACUAGCUAAGUUAUACAUAUCGUAUAUAUUUAAGUCUAGAAUCAAUAAAGACCUAUUUUCUGCAAUGACUGAAGAAAAAGAAGUAGCGACUGAAACUAACGGUCAAGAAAAUGAUAAAGAAAACAAUGCCGAGGAGGAAACUGAUUUAGAAAGUGCCAUCAUUCGACAAGUUGAAUACUAUUUCAGUGAUGUCAAUCUCCCCCGAGACAAGUUUUUGCGCGAACAAGUUACGUUGGAUGAUGGCUGGGUGCCUCUCGAUGUGCUCACCAAGUUCAACAGGCUGGCUAAACUCAGCAUGGACACAGAAGUUAUUGCUAAUGCUCUUGCCAAAUCAACAACUGGUCUCCUUGAGAUUUCAGAUGAUAAUAAAAAAGUAAGAAGGAAUCCCGAGUUGCCAAUCCCAGAGAUGAAUGAGGAGCGCCGCAAGGAGAUGAUGGCAAGAACUAUCUAUGCCAAAGGUUUUCCUAAAGAUUCCACCUUGGAUGACCUUCUGAAGUUCUUUAAAGGCUACGAUGGUGUUGAAAAUAUUAUAAUGAGAAGGUAUCAAGAUAGACAGACCAAGAAAAGACAUUUUAAGGGAUCAGUAUUUGCAACUUUCAAGACUAAAGAACAGGCUGACAAAUUUAUGGAAAACAAAGCUCUGAAGCACAAUGAUACAGAAUUGAUUGUUCUUUGGCAAGACAAUUAUCUGCUAAUGAAGCAAGAGGAGCAUGCCGCCAAAAAAGAACAUAGAAACAAGAAAAAUAAAGAAAAAGAAGAAAAGAAAGAAGAAAAAGAGUUCAAACUGCCGACUGGUACUGUGUUGCAUUUUAAGCAAGAAAACGAGAAAAUGACCAGAGAAAAUAUUCAUGAAGCUUUAGUUGCAUUAGGUGCAGAAAUAGCUUUUAUUAGCUACAAAGUUGGAGAAAAGGAGGGUUGGGUACGUCUCACGAAAGAGGAUGCAGCCAAAGAGGUAGCGAAGAAGAUACCGGAUGGAAAACUGACAAUCGAAGAAACAGAAGUCAUCUUCAAACUUCUAGAAGGUGAUGAAGAGAAAGCAUAUUUAGAUAAAACGAUUGAAGAAAUGUCGAAACGUCGCAGAAACCAAAAGAACUUCAAACAGAAUAAAGGAAAGAACUACAAAGGGAAACAGAACAGGAAACGUAAACAGGACGACCAUGGUGAUGCACCACCUUCUAAAGUCAAGGCUGAUAGCUAGUUAUUACAUUGUACUGAAUUCAUUAAAAAUUUAUUAAUCUAAGGAUCCUUCCGUAUUACAAAGUAACAAUUUCAAGAUAUUUCAUAUAACAAUAAACCUGUGAUUUAAAUAUGUAUAAUUAUUACAUUCAUAAUAUUGCGGGGCAUAAAUGAAAUAAAUCAAAAACAACUUAUAUUCUAUUUGUUUCAGUGCUCAAGUAGAGCUAUUACUAUUACUGUAAUACUAUUGGAUGUUAUACGUGGAACUCACAGUUGAUACUUAUGUAUGCAUUUAAAUGCAUGUAAUUU